CACCAAACGCUCCUGAGAUCCCGGAGUGGAGAAAUGAAAGCAGCCUAGGCAGGCAACAUUUUCAGGAAAAUAAAUGAAUAAAAAGAAGAAUAAAAGCUUAGUGUUGGUUCUGUCCCUCUCUCUCAGUGUACGUCUCUUUUUAAUGGAGAGGACGAAACUCUUAAAUUCAAUCCCAGCUUCUCAGCUCUCAACAUUCUCUGUGCUCCCUUUUUGCAGCGCGAUUCCCGAGGCCGAUUCCUCACGCUCUUCCUCUCCCUCGUCUCCAAGAUAAAGUUGUUGCCUUUGAUAUUCAAGCGUAAAAUUUGCUUCUAUGAAGACUGAGAAAAUACUGGUAACAAAUUCAAUAAUAGAGAAAAUGACUUCAGCAAAGAUGGCUGAUAGGAAGGCCAUGCUUGAUACUGCUUCGUGGAUGUUUAAUGUUGUCACAUCUGUUGGAAUAAUUCUUGUCAACAAAGCCUUGAUGGCUAAAUAUGGUUUUACCUUUGCUACAACAUUAACUGGUCUGCAUUUUGCCACAACAACCUUGUUGACCGUUGUUCUUAGGAGGCUGGGAUAUAUUCAGGCUUCUCAUCUACCAUUUUCUGAACUUCUGAAAUUUGUUUUAUUUGCAAAUUUUUCCAUAGUUGGGAUGAAUGUGAGUUUAAUGUGGAAUUCUGUGGGAUUCUAUCAGAUUGCAAAGCUGAGUAUGAUCCCAGUAUCUUGUUUUCUGGAAGUUGCCUUGGACAAGGUGCGAUACUCAAGGGACACAAAACUUAGCAUAAUGGUAGUCCUCCUUGGUGUUGCCGUCUGUACUGUUACUGAUGUGAGUGUCAAUGCAAAGGGUUUUAUAGCUGCUUUAGUGGCAGUUUGGAGCACUUCGCUGCAGCAGUAUUAUGUACACUAUCUUCAGCGGAACUAUUCUCUCGGAUCUUUCAACUUAUUGGGGCAUACUGCUCCAGCACAGGCACUAUCCCUGCUAGUAGUAGGGCCCUUUCUUGACUACCAGUUGACUGGUAAAAAGGUUUAUGCAUAUGACUAUAGUUUCACGUCUGUGUCAUUCAUAAUUCUCUCUUGCACCAUCGCGGUAGGGACCAAUCUCAGUCAAUUCAUCUGUAUAGGCAGAUUUACAGCUGUGUCGUUCCAGGUGCUUGGACAUAUGAAGACCAUUCUUGUGUUGAUUUUAGGUUUCAUUUUAUUUGGUAAAGAGGGUCUCAAUUUGCAUGUAAUUUUGGGUAUGGUCGUUGCUGUUGUGGGAAUGGUCUGGUAUGGCAACGCCUCAGCUAUGCCGGGAGGGAAGGAACGCCGUAGCUAUUCAACUCUAAGCAAUAAAUCACCCAAACAUGGUGGCUCAUCAGAGUCCGACGAUGUGGAUGGCAAGGUCUAGAUUUCAGUGAAAAGUCUACAUUCCAGUGAAAGGUUGAAAACCACAAAACCAAAAAAUAAAAAAUAAAGAAGAGAAAAGAUAAAGUUAAAAAAAAAAAAAAAAAAAAAAAAAACGAGCGGGGAUGAAAAACUGAGCAUUGUAGUUAGCAGAUCCAGGCGUCUCUUUGCACCCAGGAGAUCCCUCAAUCACUAUAAAUUUUUCUCAUAGUUCAUAUUGUGAUGCUUGUCCAUUGUAAUUUAUUUCCUUAUUAUUUCAAGCCAUUUGCUA